CAGUUGAGAUUUAGUCGUCAUCUUGGCUGGGACGUUGAAACAAAGUCGCGAGUUAGCCACCUGCAUAUCAAGUGUUUAAAAUUUGGAGUUAAACGAGACUAGCUGGUGACCAAAUUCACAUUUCACUUCGGACCUAUAUAGUUUUACCCAUUGAAUUUGCAUUUUCGAGAAUCGAAAUCGAGAAAUUCAACAUUUGACUAAGGCGUUCGUCUUAUCUGUGCUUUUUUUACGUUUUCGUUUUUCAGAAAGACAUUCGGAGACAAUAUUUUUUUCUGUUAUAAAAAGUGGGUUAACUUAUGUAGUGUAUUCAAGCUCAAAUAUUUAAAGAAAAUUUCUUGAGAGAACGGUGUGAAAGGUAGUUUUUACUUCAUUUUCUAAACAUAUUUGUUAAACACUUUUGCCGGCUGAAGAGUAGUUUAGUGUAUUUUUUUUUGUACUUGGAAACAGAAAAAACAGAAAGGGAGAGUAGCUGAUUAGCAACGUUAGACGGGAAAUCAGUUUCGUUUUUAAUUGCUUCCUGUGUUAACGAUGAAAGUGAUGUUUGUGCUGCUGGGCACUUUGUGCCUAUUAUUUUUAGAAACCCAAUCACAAGGAUUUUUCCCGCCACCAAAUGUUAUUGAUUCAUCGCCGCCACAUACUCUAUUCCAACGGCAACUAACACCAUCUCAGCAAAAUCAUAUUCUUAGUGACAUACAACAGCAUCAGCAUCGAUUCACGAUUAAUCAGCCACACCAUCGACAGCAUCAGCAGUUUACCUUUCAGCAGCAGCCGAGUGUGGAAAUCCCGAUUGGUCAACAACAGUUUCCCAAUCAAAGAUUCCCACCACCACCUCCCGGUGGCAAUCCUAUACGUUUCCCAAAUAACCAACCAACAUCCAACAACCAACAAGUGCAAAAAACUGUUCAGCAACAACAAUCGUCGCAAACUCAACACCAUCACCACAACACCCAAUUCCAAAGAUCGCCAGAGAACCAACUACAAAUCCCUCAACAGCCAUUUCAACCGCCUAAUAAUAUACCACCUCAGCAAUCGCAGCAGCUACCGAAUUUAGAUUUUCACAGACAAAAUUUUUUUGCACUACAAAACGCUCAACCACCACAGCAAAAUCAAAUACCACAACAGUUCAACCCCCCAGUCCAACAACAACCACAACCACCAGUUCAACCAGUGGCCGAGUUUCAGCCAAUCCCCCCAUCUUUCCAGCAAAUCCCAGUUGUAAAUGGGCGAGUUGUAGGCACACCUAAGCCAAUUACAACUAUCUUUUACCAAAAUCCCCCAAAUCUUCCCCCAAACGUUCCACAAAACGUCCAACAAAAUGUAGCACCAUUUCAAGGCAGUCCAAGGAUCGAACCGACUUUCAAUCCAGCGCCACAAAUUUCAGGAUCAGCCAUAAUUCAACCUUCAGCUAAAGAUCAGAUCAUUCAAAAGCAUGAAGCAUUCGUUCAAAAACAAUAUGAGAAGCAGCAACAAAAAGUCAAGCAACUUCACCAAGAAUUCCAGCAGAAGCAACAUUCAAUCAAGCAAAUUCCCCCAACAACCAGCCCUCAACAGUUAAUAAACCCAUUUUCCGAGCAAAAUCAGCGUAGUCGUCAAAUUCUCCCAGGGGAAUUUUCGCUUUUUGAGAGCGCUUUGAAGAAUCAUGAAGUUGCUCAUCCACGUCCACCAACUUCAACUACAACUACCACGGAAAAUGUCCGAACAACUGCUACGGAAGACCCUUUCAAUAAGCUCUUGCAAGCCCAGCGAAAGGAUAUCUACGCUCAACUAAAACUAGAAUCAGCUACACCGAAACCAACACCUCCACCACAACCAAAAGAAUUAGACCAAAAUGAACUGCUCCAACAACUCCAAAAGGCCCUAGCAGGAUCACCGCAAGCUAGUUUAGGCGACAAAAAGUUCGAUGCCACUGAUAUUGUUCUGCCCAAUGGACAAAAGGUUCAGGUUAUUAGAACUUCGGACCCUAAUUUGAUUCAAGGUGGCCAAGAGCUUUCUCCUGAAAUUGCAGCAGCCUUACAAGGAAGCAGGAAUGCUCCCGAAAAGCCCGCACUAAAACCAAGCGAUGGUUUAAAGGCUAUUGCUCCAGAAAAACCUCAAGAACUAGUACUUCCAACAGGUGGAAAAGUACAAAUUGUGCCGGCUCCUGGAGGCGAUGGCUUAGGUGGUCUUUCCAACUUGGGCAGCUUAUCUGGCUUAAGCGGCUUAGGAGAUUUCGGGGAACAGAACAUUGCAAGCGAAACAAGAAUUGUUGAUAACGGUGAUGGACCACCAUCUUUCGAAGAACUUGCCGCCAAAGGAUUAAUCCCCGAAGGCUACGAAAUUGUUCAGCGACCGGCCCCUGGAUCCAAACCUGCACCUCCACCACCACCACCAACCAAGAAGAAGCCAACCUUCGUAUAUUUGGAAGAACAAGCUGACGGGUCGUUCAAGAUCCAGGGAAUUAAAGCAAAUGGCGAGAAGGAUGCCAAGACAAGUGGUUCAGAAUUGAAUGGUAUUUUGGAACGUAUUCAGAGUGGAGAGAUUCAACUACCCCCAUCAGUCACCAGAGUAAAACUUCCUGAUGGAAAUGAAUUGAUUCUUAAGUCAGAGUACGAGGCAACUAGCACAUCUUCAACAUCAACAACGACUACAACAACGACAACUACUACACCAACUCCAACAACCACUACAACAACUACAACGCGAAGACCCAUUUUUUCAUCAUCCACUAUCCGCUCCCGUCCUACUACAGCUUACAGAGGAAGCACCGCUUCUCGUUCACGAUUCACACGUCCCACAACUACAACCACAACGACAACCACAACCACCACCCCCGAAACUCCCAGAUAUAUUACACACGCCCCAAGCACUGAGCGGCUAGCAGCUCUCUCCAGCACAAACAUCCAUAGCACUGCACUUCCGGACAUUGCGGAAACUACACAGUUGUUCACCACAACCACCUUUGCGCCUCUUCCAACCACAAGUUUCACAGAGAGGUUAUUCGCCCCUAGCAGUACUAAUGCUCCUGUUGAAAGCAACCCUGGUUUAGAACUGUCACAAAUCCUGAAAAGCCAUGGUCUGUAUGCUAUGGCCAAAUAUUUGAAACAGUCAGGCUUGGAUAAUAUCCUGAAUGAAACCGGCCCUUAUACAGUGUUCGUACCAACAGAUAAGGCAUUCAAAAAUCUGCUCGUGCAACUGGGUGGUCCUGAGAGAGCUGAAGAGAAGUUCAAGGCAAAUCCAAGACUUUUAAGUGGGCUUCUCUUGCAUCAUGUAAUCCCAGGAGCAUUCGAACUAUCGGCACUGCAAGAUGAAAUGACUGGCGUUUCCCUGGCUGGAACACAAUUGCGUGUCAACCAAUACAAUAUGCAUGAUCAAGAAUGGAAUGAUGUCCAGAUUACAACCAUCAACGGAGCUAUGAUAGUCACCGACAAGCAGGAUAUUAAAAUUCCGCAAGGCAUUGCACAUGCUGUCGAUAGGGUUAUGUUCCCACUUCCAGUCGGGGAUUUACUCCAGACAUUGCAAUCUGAUAGGGAAAGACGCUUCACCACAUUUUUGAAGAUUCUAUAUGCCUCAGGCAUGUCGGAUAUAUUGCAAAAUAGAGGUCAUAAAACUUACACUAUUUUCGCUCCAACCGACAAAGCCUUUGCCGAAAUCGACCCAAUUGAAUUAGACAAGUUAACUUCUGACAAGGACGCGGCACAAGCCUUUGUUAUGAAAUACAUCAUGCCUGGAACUCUAUUUUCGGCAGGAAUGAGAUUCUACCAAGUCAAGGACACUCUGCUUCCUGGUAAUUCGAUAACACUCCAGAAGACAAGCAGCGGAAAGAUUAAGGUCAACGAAGCUCAGAUGCUAACAUCAAAUAUUCCAGCAACGAAUGGAGUCAUACACGCGAUAGAUGGUUCCAUCUAAUCGUAGCGAGCAGGCACUCUUUAUUCUGAAGGAUGCGGUUCAGAGUGGCGUUAACUUAUUGAAAUAGAAUAAAUGUUUACAAGGAUAUCGAAAGCUAUUCUUCUUAGGGAAUAUUUAAUGUAAAAGCGAAUGACUUUAGCUAUUAGCGAUGUUCUUAUUUAUAUGUGAGACAUGAAACAGGUGCAAACGACUUAUUCCUUUUCUACAUUUUUAUUAUUUAUUAUUUUAUCCUUGCUUUUCUAUAACUUUUACUCUUUACGACUUACAGGAAAGCUAAUAACGUCCGCAAAUAUAACUUGUAAGAAUUUCUUGCCCUAAUUAUUUUUAAUAGUGGAUUUCAGGAAAUCUUUGGAAACUGAAUAACAUUGUCAGCUCUGAUGUAUUUUCUAUUCUCUUCGUCGGCUUUGUAUUUUGUUAUAUAUAUGUAGUUACUUUUCAAGUUUAUAAUUUUAAGCUGAUGGAGACCAGUGACAACACUCUUAGGUAGUGUAGAUAUUCCGAAUCGAAGCUCAAGCUCAUUUGGUUGUAUAUAAUGAAUAAUAAUUUUAUUAUUACUGCAAUAAAAACAUUGAAACUA